CAUCAGAUUCCCCAGAGGAGCCUUUGACAGAGCUAGGGCUGGAUGGGAACCUCCGCUACACUGGGGAGGGAAUGGAGGACAUGUCUCUCUCCUCUGCAUCUUCUCUGGAGAGGAAUGACACCAGUGAGGAGUUUCUAGAUGACUUUGCUAAUCUAGGGGAUCAGUUGCAGAAUGGCAUCCCUCAAAACAAAUAUCCUGUGGCCACACCCACCCAAACACGCCUGCAGGGCCUCUUAAAAGAGACCAUGAACUGGACUGGGAUUGGUCUGGCGGGUGGCAAGGCAGAUUUAAUGGGUGGUCCGCUCCAUGGGCCGCCGCUCAUGUCCCCUGACGUGGAUCGUCAUGCGACCUCCUCUCUGGAGCUCUCCCCCUCUAACAGCUCUGGAGGAACAUACAUGUGGGAUGAGGAGGGUAUGGAGCCGCUGGGGCACCACACACACAUACACCGUUGCAGCAGUUAUGAGUCAGACCUCAACAGCAUUGACAUUCUGAACAACUUGGAUAACACUGGCUCAUGUGAUCUGGAAGAUGAUGACCUAAUGCUUGAUGUGGAUCUGCCAGAGGACGGGGCCUUACUCCAUGAUGGGAUGGCCCACUUUGAGCGCUCUGACAGGGGGGGCCGGCCGGCUCAGUGGAGGAGAAGACAGCAGAGAUGGAGUGGAACAGAUCAUGCUCAUAAUGACAACAGACUGGGCGGGUUUCAUUACGAUCCCUGUCGUACAGGCCAUCGGCCCCUCCAUCCCGCAAUUCAGCAUGAACUCACUCUCAAGCACAUGGCGGAAGACUGCUCGUCUGUCAAAUCACAGCUGCUCAAACUCAAGAGUCUGCUGCAGAUGGAUGAUGGUGAGAUUACUCCAGAGAGUUUGGAUUCCAGCGAAGAUGACAGCAGAGCCCAGCAGAUGGAGGAACUGAUGAAGGAGGUGGCACAUCUCAGGGAAGAGCUGAAAAAUAAAGAAAAAAUCAUCACACGGCUCACUCAUCAACCGCAUCAACAAUCUCCGGUGAGAUGUCAGUGUCAUCAGCAGAAGUCAGGGGUCAAAGGUGAGAGAAGAACUCAUCAUGAUAAAUCCACUCAGACGGUGCGGCGACCGCCCCAUCAUCACCCCGCUCCUCAAAUACUUCAGCCCAUCAGUCACAUCCCCAACGAGCCCCUCAUUCAGGGAAAACUAGCAAGAACAGUCCCCACCGGGGGCCACAAUGAUGCCUGCACCAAAGAGGAACGGCCUCCUACGUCCUGUUCUCCAGCCCCCUGCACCGAUCCAAUUCUUCUUCCUGCUAAAGACCCUCACGUGGAGUUGAAAUCUUUGCCUGACCCAGAAGAGCUGAGCCGGUUGCUUAGCACCCACCUUCGCAUACAAGACAACAAUGAGAAUGACUCACCAGGGGCAGGAGAACAGAUUGUGAGACCGACCCCUGAAAGCCAUCAAAGCAAACCCCUGCAAACCCCUCACCCCUCUUCCUUCUUCAGCCCGCGCGUCCUGCAGCCUCCACGUCUACACAAACGGGUAACUCUCCCUGCUCUGUCUAUAGGGGGCGGUAGUGGGUCAAACCCAAAUCCAGGACCCUCAAUGAACCACAAGGCCCAGCCGCUCCUUCCUCCACCUCCGUCCAGAGGUUUGCCAUGCUUCAGUGCAGGGAACCACGUCUUUACUCGCGGCUGGCUAUCUCAGCCUUGGCCAGCAGUAGUCAGGAGUGUGACUGACCCACAACGCAAUGCUUCGGUACCGCUCGGUGUGUCCACACGACUUGCAAAGCCAAAGAUCCACUGAGUGUCAGCUGCAGCCAUAGACACUGAUAAGGCUACCUCCCUGAACGCAUGAUCACACAUGCGGCUUGCACUAGAUGGUGGUGUUAGUGGCUAGACAACGUUUUAAGCUAAACAAAGCAGCUAAGCUAUCGCAUCUAACUAUGCAACAAAAAGUAGUCACAAUCAGCGCAUCUGUCGCACAAAACCGCUCUAUCACCUCGAACUAAAAGUCAUUGAUCAUAAUUCCUUAACCACUAAGAAACCUUUACCAUUCACAAUUACAUCAUCCAGACAAGUUGAUCUCCUAAUGGAUUGACAAACUGAAGGAAAGAUUGAAAUUCAGUCUGAAAGAGAAGGCAAAAGCAGAGAAAACGAGCAAUGGAAAGCACUGAAGAAGUCUUUUUACUUAUACUCAACAAACGUCAAAGACGUGAGUGCUGUGCCGUAGCC